AUGGCAUCAGUUGGGAAAGCAGUUUCAAAAGAUGUAAAACAACAAAUUAGAACAUCUGCUCUAGCCUUUCUGUCAUUUUUAAACAAAUCAGUAACACCAUUUCAUGCUGUUGAAUCGUGUGAGUCGAUUUUGAGGUCAGCCGGAUUUGUGGAGCUAUUUGAGAAUCAAAGGCUUAAAGUUCAACCUAAAGGAAAAUUUUACAUAAAAAAAAACGAAACUUCUAUUUUUGCUUUUGCGGUUGGUGGAGCUUUCAAUCCUACAACUACCGGUUAUUCUAUAGUUGUUGCUCAUACUGAUAGGUUUGUUUUGCUUUUUUAUUUUUAUAUUGUCUUUAGUCCUUGUUUACGUGUGAAACCAAUUUCAAAAAGAACUUCAGAACAAUUUUUGCAGGUCGGUGUGUCGCCUUAUGGUGGUGGUGUUUGGCGAUCUUGGUUUGAUCGUGAUCUCAGUAUUGCUGGGCAGGUCAUCUUUAAAGGGGCUCAAAGCGAAAUUCUGCAUAAACUUAUUGAUUUUGGAAGGCCAGCGAUUCAUUUGGAUAGUGAUCGAGGUAAAUUCGAGUUCAACUCUGAACAACACCUGAGACCAAUUUUGGCUCAGGUUCCAUUCGAUAAUUCAACUAAAGAUGAGAAGAAAGUUGAUAAAGAUCAAAUUUUUAGCGGCAUUUCAAUUAUUGGCGAUCAUCAUGAUAUACUUUUGAAGUCUAUUGGUGAAUUGGCUGGUUGCGAGCCUGAAGAACUUCUUGAUUUGGACCUCUAUCUGUAUGAUACACAGCCUGCUGAAGAAUUUAUUUCUGGUGCUAGACUCGAUAAUUUGGUGGGGACCUACACCUCCAUAAUGGGGCUGGUACAAAGUUUGGGCGAUGAACAGGCAUUCUCUACAGACCAAAAUAUUCGCCUUGUUGCUUGUUUUGACAAUGAGGAGGUUGGAAGUGUUAGCGCACAGGGUGCUGCAUCUCAUUUUAUGGAAUGGCUUAUGCGCCGUAUCGUGGCCUCCCCAGAUGAUCCUAAUGCUUUUGAAUGUGCGAUUGGCCGUUCCUAUUUGGUUAGCGCAGAUCAAGCGCAUGCUUGUCAUCCAAAUUAUGCAAACAAGCAUGAGGAUUGUCACAAGCCAACAUUUAAUAAAGGUGUAGUUGUCAAAAUAAAUGCAAAUCAGCGUUAUGCGACAUCGGCAGUAACACAUUCUAUAUUUAAAAUAAUUGCGGAAUCGGCAGGGAUUCCUAUACAGAAAGUUGUUGCACGAAGCGAUCUUCUGUGCGGGUCAACAGUGGGACCAAUUUUGUCUGCCAAAUUGGGAAUUCAGACAAUUGAUGUAGGCUGCCCUCAAUUAGCCAUGCAUUCUAUUCGAGAACUUGGAGAUACCUCAUCGAUUCAUUAUGCUACUACGCUUUACUCGCAAUUUUUCAACAAAUUGCCAUCUGUUUUGGGCUCCCUAAAGAAACAUGAACCACCGACACUAAUGAAUGUUGAUUGA